AUGAAUAAAUUGAUAUUGAGUAAGAUUUUGUCUUUUAUUUCUGUUAUUUUUGUUGGUGGUAUUGGAGUAUAUAUCCCAAUAUAUAUAGGAUAUUUGAAUCCUAUUUUUUUGCAAUACAUUAAUGUUUUUGCAGGAGGAACACUUUUAACUUUGUCUCUUUGUCACCUUAUACCAGAGGCUGAAGAAAUUGUUAGAGCAAAUAACAUUAGUUUGAAAUUUAUUGGAGUCGAAAUUCCUAUCGUUGCUUAUCUUACUUUAUUUGGACUUACAAUUAUUCUAUUCUUUGAAAAAGCACUUUUUUCACCGCAAACUGUUGCUCAAUUUCACAUGCAUGAUCAUUCAUUCCCACACAAUAGAGACCAUCAUCAUCACCAUCAUAAGGAUCCUGGAUGUGUUGGAAUGAAUAAUAGUAAUAGGCAAUCAACAACUAAUAGUGAUAAAAAUAAAAAUAAUCGCAAUCAUAACAAUAACUUCAAUUCUACAUAUCCUUCAAAUGGUAGAUCUGGUUCAAACGCAAUUAUUCCAAUUAAUUCACAAACUUGUGAAACUAAUAAUUUUAAUAUGUCUUUUGAAGAGUCUGAUUCCAGAAACCUUGGAAUAAAAUUACCCUUAAUUGAUUCAUCAGAUUCUCAUGAUGAAGAAUCUAUUAAUAACCAACAUCAUGACGUUUCUUCCUCAGAUAUUUCUAGUCAAGAUUCAGAUAUUCAAAAGUCUAACCCUAGUUCAACGUUAAAUGUUUACUUUCUUGUUUCUGCAUUAUCAGUUCACGCCAUUUUUGAGGGAAUGCUUGUUGGAAUUUCCAAAAACCAUAUUUCUGUUAUGACGAUUACUCUAGUAAUUAUUGCACAUAAAUGGGUUGAAGGAAUUGCUGUCUCUGCAGGUAUUAAGAAACAUCCAGAGAUUUCCAAAGCUAUAAUUAAUCAACUCUUGGUAUCUUUUAUACUCAUGUCUCCAUUAGGCAUAAUUAUUGGACAAUUAUUCUCAUUUAUGAAUAGUCCUAUAAUUAAUGUAUUCCUUACAUGUAUAUCAUCAGGUGCUUUAUUAUAUGUUGCUCUUGGAGAAAUGGUACUUGAUGAGUUUAAUUGUGGUGAAAACAGAAAGCAAAAGUUUAUUCUUUUUCUUUUUGGCAUCUUCCUUGUUUCUGUAAUUAAUAUUAUUCAACACAAACUUGGAGGAUGUACAUUACACUAUAACCAUCAUCAUCACCAUCAUCAUCAUCACCACCACCAUAACUCGCAUAUACAUACACACUAA